AUUUUUUUUUAUUUCCAAAUUUAAUUACUCUGUUAGUGGUAUUAGAUAUAUACUCUGUAUUCUAAAAAUUAUAAUUAUGUUUGGCCGUGGAUUUCUAUGGUGGAAAACGCGAAGCUAAGAAACAAUAAAAGAAAAAAAAAACUCUUCAUCUCACCUCCAUCGUGCUCUCUCUCUCUCUCUCUCUCUCUUGUCUCUGCCUCUUAUCUCUGUUCUGCUACCCAUCAGCUUCGCCCAAAGAGACAGGGGACGGGACGGAGAGGGGGAGAAGUGAAGGGAGUGAGAGCGUUACUCUGGCGGCGCACGGUAGCACCGUGCCCCCUUUCCUACGCCGUAGUUCAUUUUCCACCGAUUCCUUUCUAGUAUUUCUUUCCUAACAAAGGUCGCUUCCUUCCCACGGCAAAUUCCUCUUUGACACAGAGCCAAAAAAAGAAAUCGAUUCUGUACUUCGCUUCUCACUCCAUAUUUGUUCAUUUUACCCUUUUGAACUCUGGCUGACCUAAAAGGAACCCUAUUGUUCCUUCGAUCCUCCCUCUCUAUAAUCUUAGCAGAUCGCUUCGAUUUCAAAUCUAAAAAAAAGAAGAGGAGAGGAAUUUACGGUAUUAAGAUGCUUUGGAUAAUGCGAUUUUCAGGUUUCUUUUCCGCCGCAAUGGUGAUGAUUGUUCUUUCUCCUUCACUCCAGUCAUUUCCUCCAGCUGAAGCCAUUAGAUCCUCUCACCUCGACAGCUACCUCCGGUUGCCGUCAUAUCAGUUGUCCACUUCGCCAAACUCACUGGAGGACCGCUUCUCUUUUCGAAAAGCCGCCGAAUUUCGCAAUGCCGAUGAAUGUGGCUUCACCGGCCACAAAAUCACCGGCGUUUGCGAUCCUUCUUUAGUCCACGUGGCUAUUACUCUCGAUGUCGAGUACCUCCGAGGCUCAAUCGCGGCCGUGCACUCCAUUCUCCAGCAUUCUUUGUGCCCGGAGAACAUUUUCUUCCAUUUCCUUGUCUCAGAGACCAAUCUGGAAACCCUGGUUCGAUCCACGUUCCCUCAAUUGAAGUUCAAGGUUUAUUAUUUCGAUCCUGAGAUUGUACGGAACUUGAUAUCUUCUUCCGUUAGGCAAGCGCUCGAACAGCCGUUAAAUUAUGCUAGAAAUUACUUAGCGGAUCUGCUGGAGCCGUGCGUACGGAGAGUGAUUUAUUUGGACUCUGAUCUAGUCGUUGUUGACGAUAUCUCUAAGCUGUGGAGUACCAACUUGGGUAGGCGAACAAUCGGGGCACCGGAAUACUGCCACGCCAACUUCACAAAAUAUUUCACGGGCGGUUUCUGGUCGGACCAACGGUUUUCGGCGUUCAAUGGUAGGAGGCCCUGCUAUUUUAACACGGGGGUGAUGGUGAUAGAUCUGGUGAAAUGGAGGCGGGGGUACACAAAGCGGAUCGAGAGGUGGAUGGAGGUCCAGAAAAGUGACCGGAUCUACGAGCUAGGCUCGUUGCCGCCGUUCUUGUUGGUUUUUGCCGGACGCGUGGCACCAAUCGAGCAUAGAUGGAACCAGCAUGGGCUGGGUGGGGACAAUGAGGGAAGUUGUCGGGACUUGCACCGUCCAGUUAGCCUCUUGCAUUGGUCCGGUAGUGGUAAGCCGUGGCUUAGGCUCGAUUCGAAAAAGCAGUGUCCACUCGACGCUUUAUGGGCGCCUUAUGACUUGUACGGAUACUCAGAAUGAAAUCACAGCAGGAAUUCUCGCCGGUGGAGUGCCAUGAGCAAUGAAGUGGACUUGGAAAGGGGGCAUGUGAGCUUUAAUUGCCAGUUGGUCGUCCAUUUACAAAUGGUGGCCAAAAGGGACCGAAUUGAGGGGGUGCGGUACCGCCUGGAGAAGUAAUUUAGACAUUGGAAGAAUCUAAAAGAGUUUUGGAUUGCCGCUCACUUCAUUGGGGCUGUAAAAUUCAUCUUCUUCUUUUUUUUUUUUAAUGGUGGCUUUGUGCUUUGGUGGCAGCGGCGGAAGACUUGUGAGCUACCUUCCCACACUGUCCCUUGCGCACUUAGGUGGCAACACAUAUUCUCCCUUUGGCGUCAGAUUUGUGUUGCAAUUUCCUGGUAAUUUUUUAUUAUUUUUUAAUACUCCAAUAAAAGCAUACGUACAUACUUCUAUUUUUAUAAUAAUUGUAUUAUCCACCGAAUAAAUUUAUGGUAAUGAUCAGUGGCAAGUCGAGCGAUCAAAAUAAAAUGGUGGCAUCGAAAGAGGGACCCAUAUUGUCAUUGUAGCGUAGGAAAUGUCCAAAGUAGGAAUGGGGACCGAUUCCUUU